AUGCAAGCCUCAAUUUUCUCAAGACCUCACCACGACUUCGCCCGCCUCAUUCACCAGCAGCAUCAUCCUUGGCAGCAGCACCAUCAUCGUCCCGUCAACAGCAUUCAGCGUCUUCGAAUCCUCUACCGCCAGCGACGCGACAACCUCUACGACUCAGUCAACUACUGA